AUGGUGGUCGCGGGAUCGCUGAACUAUAUCGGCGCGGCGUAUCUGGCGGGCAGCGCGGCUACACGGGUAGGGAGCGGGCUAGUUACGAUUGCGCUGCCUGCGUCGAUACAGAUGGCGGUGGCGGGCAAGGCGACCGAGCCGACAUACCUGCCGCUUGCCGAGUCGGCGCCGGGCGUUGCGUUGCCAUCGUGCUGCGGGCGAUGUGCUGGAGGCGCUGGAGGCUAUAACAGCAUGCUGCUGGGGUGCGGUAUGGGGCAGGCGAUGGAUAUGCAAAGGUUCAUCGAGGGCGUGCUGUAUUCGGAAGAACGCCUGCCGCCCACGGUGGUUGAUGCGGACGGGCUGAACACGCUUGCGAGGACGCCGCGCUGGUGGGAACGAUUUGCUGGCAUGGCGAUACUGACGCCACAUCCGGGCGAGAUGGCGCGGCUUACGGGCAAAAGCACAAGCGAUGUGCAGGCGGAUCGCAUCGGCAUUGCGGUUGAGUCGGCGGCGCGCUGGAACAAGAUUGUCGUGCUGAAGGGCGCACACACGGUCGUUGCUUAUCCGGACGGGCGCACGAUGCUGUCACCGUUCGCCAACCCCGGCCUUGCCACGGCUGGGACGGGUGACGUGUUGGCGGGAAGUAUCGCGGGGCUGCUGUCGCAGGAUGUGCCGCUUGAGGCGCCGCAACUGCUUGGCGUAUAUUUGCACGGGCUGGCUGGCGAGCGCGUAUGCGACAGGCUGGGCGAUACGGGCAUGGUUGCGAGCGAUCUGCUGCCGGAGCUGCCGCUUACAAUCAAGGCGCUGCGCUUGGGCAAGGAGCUUCGUAUGGGCAGGGCGCUGCGCGAAGGGAAUGGCGGCUAG